CGUCACCGUCCUGCGCCGCCCUGGAAAGAAAGCCCGCCAGCGGCGCCUCGGUGCCGGAAGGGGCGGGGCGCUUGGCCGGUUUCCUGGCGACGCGGUGCGGGGCUGGCGGAUUCUUUACCAGCUACUUGUACUUGCUCUUCCUGACGCGUGGGUGCUGGCCAUGCCUUCCCUGCUCUCAACCCCCAAGCUGGUUCCCGUUAUAGCAAGGCUCCGCGGCCUCUCAGGAUGCAUGUCAUGUUUACAGCAAAGGUACUCCCUUCAGCCUGUGCCAAAGAAGAUUCCAAACCGGUACUUAGGCCAGCCCAGCCCAGUUACACAUCCACACCUCCUCAGACCAGGGGAGGUGACACCAGGACUGUCCCAGGUGGAGUACGCACUUCGAAGACACAAGCUGAUGGCUCUGAUCCACAAGGAAGCACAGGAGCACAGUGGGACCGACCACACAGUGGUGGUCCUCUCUAACCCUACGUACUACAUGAGCAAUGACAUCCCCUACACAUUCCACCAGGACAACAAUUUCCUGUAUCUCUGUGGGUUCCAAGAGCCUGACAGCAUUCUGGUCCUUCAGAGCUUCUCUGGGAAGCAGUUACCAUCCCAUAAGGCCAUGCUUUUUGUGCCUCGGAGAGACCCUGGUCGAGAACUGUGGGAUGGCCCUCGGUCUGGCACGGAUGGAGCGAUAGCCCUAACUGGGGUGGAUGAAGCCUACACCCUGGAAGAAUUUCAACACCUAGUACCCAAACUGAAAGCUGAAACGAGCAUGGUUUGGUAUGACUGGAUGAAGCCUUCUCAUACACAGCUUCACUCAGACUACAUGCAGCAUCUAACUGAAGCCAAAGCCAGGAGCAAGAACAAGGUUCGGAGUGUCCAGCAGCUGAUACAGCGCCUCCGGCUAGUUAAAUCUCCUGCAGAGAUUAAGAGAAUGCAGAUUGCUGGGAAACUGACAUCAGAGGCUUUCAUAGAGACCAUGUUUUCCAGUAAAGCUCCGGUAGACGAAGCCUUUCUUUAUGCCAAGUUUGAAUUUGAAUGCCGAGCCCGAGGUGCAGACAUCUUAGCCUACCCACCCGUGGUUGCAGGUGGUAAUCGCUCGAACACUUUGCACUAUGUGAAGAACAAUCAGCUCAUCAAGGACGGUGAGAUGGUGCUUCUUGAUGGAGGUUGUGAAUCUUCCUGCUAUGUAAGUGACAUCACCCGGACAUGGCCUGUCAAUGGCAGGUUCACCGCUCCUCAGGCGGAGCUCUAUGAAGCUGUUCUAGAGAUCCAGAGAGCGUGUUUGACACUGUGCUCUCCCGGGACAAGCUUGGAGAACAUCUACAGCGUGAUGAUGACACUAAUGGGACAGAAGCUGAAGGACCUGGGCAUCGUGAGGAGCAGCAAAGAAAGCGCCUUCAAGGCUGCUCGGAAAUACUGCCCUCAUCAUGUUGGCCAUUACCUUGGAAUGGAUGUCCAUGACACUCCAGACAUGCCUCGUUCACUCCCUCUGCAGCCUGGUAUGGUGAUCACAAUUGAACCAGGCAUUUAUAUUCCAGAGGAUGACAGAGAUGCACCAGAGAAGUUUCGAGGUCUCGGAGUGCGGAUUGAGGAUGAUGUCGUGGUGACUCAGGACUCACCUCUGAUCCUUUCUGCAGAUUGUCCCAAAGAGAUGAGUGACAUUGAACAAAUCUGCAGCAGGACCUCUUGACCACCACUGGAGCCGUUACAUCUCAGAUCCAAGACUGGCAUCCCUGCCUGUGUGUUCAGUCAGUGUCUCUGGGGGAUUAGACCCAGGUUCCAUGGGGAGUGCACAACUGUAUGAUGGAUGUCCCUGGAUAUGAGGACAUUUUCAUGUUAAGUAGAUGUAAAUCUGAAAUGGUAAACUCUGAAGCAGUCUGUUACUAGGACUUUAGCAACAUUAAUUUUGAAAAGUUAAUGAUCCAGAAAGUUUAACAUGUGGAUAUAAAAUACGGUUUUGGUUGUGUGUACCCAUGCAUUCCAGUUAACACAUUUCAGCAAAAAAAAUCUCCUCUUCAAGUUCUUCUCUUCCUGCUCUUGUGCUGAGAUCCACAUCCUAUCCUAAGAUGCUUGUGUGAUGCCUGUAUUUUUAUUCUUCACCAAAGUCUCUGCCUAUGCUAAAAGCUACGUUUCAGUGUUCCAAGUGGCCAGUACUUAUCUUCCAUGAUCUCUGCCUCCCCAGCCAAUUUUUUCACAUCAAGUGGGACCUCUCAGGCUCAGGAAACACGGAUGUCCUGCAGUCUUUCCAUUCAGAAACAGGACAGCAACACCAGCCACCCAACAAGAAUCUUGAUCUUUCUUGCCAUUCGGUUGCCUAGCACCUAGAAAGUGCCCAGGUUCUUCUAAAGAAGAAGAUGAAAGAGAAGGAAAAGUCUCUGUGUCCCCACAGAUCCAGGCCUUGAGCUCUGUUUUCUUCAAUUUAAAGGGGAUUCUUUUUCAAACAUUCACCUUCCUGUCCUUCAUAGGUUCUUCUUAGACAAAAUGUCAUUGUGUGCCUUAGAUCCUUCAUCAGUUGCUUUCCUUUGUGACAGGCUCUUAAUAUAGCUCAGGCUGGACUCAAACUAUCCAUCUUCCUGUACCCUCGCCACCUUUAUGGUUUUUGUGGUUUGGUUGGUUGGUUGGUUUUUCAAGACAGGAUUUCUCUGUGUAACCCUGGCUGUCCUGGAACUCUCUCUGUAGACCAGGCUGGCCUCGAACUCAGAGAGAUCUGCCCCCCUGCUGGGAUUAAAGGCAUGAGCCACCACCUCCCCGGCCCUUUAUAGGUUCUUUUGAACUGAUCCACACAGCUACUUGCAGUAUUUAUUGUCAAAAUCAUCAUGAUAGGACUCAGUCUGGGCAUAAUGGCUAGUGCCUGUAAUUUCAGUAUUCUAAAGGCAGAGGCAAGAUUGUCACAAGUUCAUGCCCCAGACCAGCCUGGUCCAUAUAGCAGGUUACAAGCCAGCCAUAGCAAUACGAUGAGACCCUGUCAAAAAAAAUCAAAACAAAACAAAAAUAGUGCUACAAUCUCUUGUAGUACUGUAUACCUCUACUGCCAAUAAAAAUAAAAUCCACUCAUGGUAGUUGUGAAAACCCUAUGGUCUACUUUUUGUUUUGUUUUGGUUUAGUUUGCUUUUGGUUUUGGUUUUGGUUUUUCUAGACAGGGUUUCUCUGUGUGACAGCCCUGGCUGUCCUGAAACUCACUCUAUAGACCAGGCUGGCCUCAAACUCACAGAGAUCCGCCUGCCUCUGCCUCUGGAGUGCUGAGAUUAAAGGCGUGCACCAUGUGGUCCACUCCUUACUCUAAGCUAGGGAUGGCAUGGCAAUGGCUAAGAGUCCAAACAUAGCAUGAGGCUCAGUUGUACGACACAGCUGCAUGGUAAGCAGGAGGGCUGGAUUAAUGCAGGCGCUUUAUUCAAAAGCUCAUGCGAUAGAGGGAAGCCCUAAGAGCUAGUGUGUUAACUUCUUUUCAAUCUGAGUGUGCACAUAAUACAGACAGACGGUACCCAGGCAUAGUAGUUUACCCCAUCAUCACAGCACUUAAAGGACUGAAGCAGGGGAUUGCUGUGAGUUCCAGACUAGCCUGGGCUACAGAGUGAGACCCUGUUUCAAAAAUGAAUGUGAUAGUAAUGCAGAGACUGUAAGUAGAAAGUCCGGGUCCUGCCAGCUCAGGCCAUAAGUAAAGCAGAGUGAGUUCCCCGUCCAGAUGGUAUCCCAGCCUCCUCUAUCACACUGUUCCCAGAAACUCCUGCCAAUUAAACUGACUUGGGAUUUGAGUUGGACCCAUCGCCACCACUGACUAGAAGACAAUAAAUGAAAGCAUCAUUUAUUAAGCCAGGCAGUGGUGGUGCAUGCCUUUAAUCCCAGCACUCGGGAGACAGAGGCAGGCGGAUCUCUGAGUUCGAGGAUAGCCUGGUCUACAUAGCAAGUUCCAGGAGAGACCCUGUCUCAAAAAGAAAAAAAAAGAAAAAAAAAAGAAAAGAAAAGAAAGAAAAGAAAUUUAAAUGGGUGCCCAAGCUGCUGGUGUCAUAAAGAACACUGCACAGAGAGGUUUUUACAGUGUGGCUAGUGGUUUUUAUUCUUAACUUCCUGAAGUGGCAUCUAAGGCCCAAACCUUAGUAGACUGUGUAAGUUUUAAACCUGGUAAAUCUUCUUUAAACUGACAAGUUUUCACAUGUUCCUGGGGUGAUGAAAAGGUGAUGGUGAUGAACAUCAUUAACUCCCAGCACUGUGACAGAAUCCUGUGGUCACAGGGCUCAUGGGUUCUGGACUUCUUCCUCCUAUGGCCACUGAGGAGCUUUGACUAUCAGUCAAAAGUAUGGGUCCAGGGGUCACCACUGGACUUCAGACCCACAGGGUAUACACCCACCAGAAUCCAGAAACUGCAGUCUUGGUCAACAUUUCUUAAUGCUUUGUAUGACUUUUGUGCAAUUAUAAGUUCUGUUUGAACAAAACACUGUUACUCUUUAAGGCCCUAUUCAGUGACAAAGGAUGUAUCACUCCCUAGUAAGAGAGUGCAUUGUUACUGUCAUUUUUAAAAUAUACUAUAAAACAAUACAGAAUUUA